UUGCCCACAUACGUGAGGCCGACAACGGCAAGCCCUAUCACCACCACCACCACCACCACGAGCAGCACCUGGUCAUGGGCCAUGGGAUUCUUGGGCAGUGCACUUUGUCACGAGGAGAAAGACGACAACGAGAAGCCGUACGCGUACGCUGAAGGCCAACGACGACUGCGCCGCCUCCACCAGGCGCCUGUGGAACCAUAUUUUAUUAUUCUCCCUACCAUUGAGGAUCCCGAGGCAACGGUGCCCACUAUCAUGGCAUCAGUGCAAGGGUUAUCACCAGCUCAAGGGUUAUCACCAGCUCAAGAGUCAUCACCAGCUCAAGAGUCAUCACCAGCUCAAGAGUCAUCACCAGCUCAAGAGUCAUCAUCAGCUCAAGAGUCAUCACCAGUUCAAGCGGUAUCUCCAGCGCUAGAGUUAUCUCCAGCGCUAGAGUUUUCACCAGCGCUAGAGUUUUCACCAGCGCUAGAGUUUUCACCAGCGCUAGAGUUUUCACCAGCGCUAGAGUUUUCACCAGCGCUAGAGUUUUCACCAGCGCUAGAGUUUUCACCAGCGCUAGAGUUUUCACCAGCGCUAGAGUUAUCACGAGAGCAAGAGGAACGAGACCGUACAGGAGACACGCCCCGUGGGGAAGCACAGCUGUCGGAGUCACAUGAGAAAGUUGUGGUAACGCUCAUGAGCUUGGUCCUUUUUCUCAUCGGCGGGACCCUUUUCGCUCUUCUUUUCAAGUUGCUGUCUGAAGGUUCACAGAACGAAGCAGUGUUUGGUAAGUCGUGGAGUGCUGGCGACGCGCAAAUGUUUAUAAAGGUAAAGGUCAUGUAUAAUGCAGCCUGGGAAUUUCGAAAAUGCACUUAGGAAUGCAUCUCGCUUGUCGAGAGUUGUGUGAUAUUUGUGGUGGUGGUGGUGGUAGUAGCUCUGGUGUCCGCUGUGAAGUGACCUUGUUCUCUAUGCACCGAUGACAUGUACUUCAAUUAUUUCAACGUUGGUGGUUGUUCCUCUGUUUCUCUGCAAAUACUGCAGCUUUAACUUUUCACCGAAUGCACACGUAAGUAUGUUACUGGUUGCUGUCAGUCUCAGAGAUAGUUACGUCAUGCUAGUUGAGAGGAAUUAUGACUAAUGUUGCAGUCCGCAUACUGUGCCCUUGUGACAUUUUUCACGGUCCUUUUCAGAGGUGUCGCUGCUGAAUGAAUGGCACCACUUCGCUCUGUGCUCCGUGCUUGGUAAAAGUGUGCUAUGUGCAGCGUGCAACGUAUAAAAGUUCCUUCGCACAAAUGUGUCUGGUGAUAUUUUUCAUCAUAAUGAACUGCAUUGUUUUGCAGCAGUCCUAAUGCAUCGGGUAUAUUGUACACGCUGCUGGCCGUGCAUCAACUUCUGGUUUCAACAGCCUGGCGGCAGUACAGUCCUGACGAGGGUUGGUUGACGGACGACAUCACUACCGAAGAAUGUCGAAGAAUUUCUAAAGCUUCGUUACGAGCCUUUUUCCUCGCAAUAUUUUGACGGCUCCUGUGUGAUAUUAAAGUAGCUGCCCACA